AUGGCGGGAGCUGUACGCCAACCUAUAGAUAUCCCCUCAUUAGAGCGGUAUAUUGAGUCGAACGUGUCUGUGCUUAAGACUCCGUUGGAUGUGAAACAGUUCGGUUUCGGUCAAUCAAACCCCACCUAUCAACUUACUACUGCCGAUGGGAGGAAGGUGGUACUGCGAAAGAAGCCGCCUGGCAAGCUGCUUUCGAAGACUGCUCAUCGGGUUGAACGAGAAUACCAAAUUAUCAAGGCUUUGGGAGGCACGGAUGUACCGGUGCCCGAGGUGUUUUGCUUGUGUGAGGAUAAUGAUGUGAUUGGGACACCGUUCUACAUUAUGGAGUUUCUGGACGGUCGGCAUUUUACUGAUCCUUCGAUGCCUGAUGUGAGUGGGGAGGAAAGGAAUGCGCUGUGGAAGAAUGCAGUGCAAACACUAGCCAAGUUUCACUCAGUAGACCCCAAAGCCGUGGGCUUAGAGAAAUUCGGCAAACCAACCAACUUCUUCGACCGCCAAAUUGCUACAUUUAACACUAUUUCCAAAGCCCAAGCGGCCGUGGUAGACGCCGAUACAAAGGAACCAGUCGGCGCUCUGCCCCAUUUCGACGACAUGGUACGAUUCUUCGCCCAGAAAUCAACUCAGCCCCGCGACCGCGGAUCUCUCGUGCAUGGAGAUUACAAGAUCGACAACAUGAUCUUCCACAAGACAGAGCCCCGAGUCAUUGGCAUUCUAGACUGGGAAAUGGCGACGGUCGGGCACCCACUCUCGGACUUUUGUAAUCUGAGCAGCCCCUGGAUCCUCGAAGGAGCUGACUCCCAGCUGGAGCAGUUCCAGAGUGGCCGGGUCGAUGGACUGCCAACUCGUGAAGACUGCAUUAACUGGUACGCUGAGGUGGCUGGAUAUCAUCCGGGAGAGGAUAUUCUUUGGGGAGAUGCGUUCUUUGCGUUCCGAGGCUCCGUCAUCAUGCAGGGCAUUGCGGCCCGGUUUGCAGGGCGGCAGGCCAGUAGUGCACGGGCGGGAGACUAUGGGAAGCGAGCUAAGCCAUUUGCUGAAGGUGCCUGGGAACGGGUGCAGGAGGUGCAACGACUUGCGCUGUCGAAGGCAAAGGGCAAGUUGUAA